GUGUUGCUACAUUGGGAUGGGACUCUGGGUGCGGCAGGACUUGAGCUUAGCCAAAGACCGCCUUACUUCGAGAGGCUCUCGGUCUGGAAGCUGCGGGAUGCAGCCUUUCGGCUGGCCAUUUCGAGAGCCCGGUUUUGCCUCGAACUGCACGGAACGGAAUACUUUCUGGGCCAAGUGCGGUUGCCGAUGCCUUCGGUCCUGAGUUUCUAAAGAGGCCUUCCCCCCCCCCCGUUUCUCGGCUGUUUGGCGAAAGAGGCGCCCCACCUCUACCCCUCCUCCCUCCCUCCCCUCCCCUCCCGCUUUUAUUUCGCCCCCCGCGUCUUCAGGCGCAGCUCUUCGCCUUUCUCUUUCUCUCUCUCUUUCUCUCUCUCUUUUUCCUCCUUUCACCCGCGGAGAAGGAAGCCGGGCGUCGUCAUGAGCGCCAAACUGCGCUCGGGCUUCUACCUGGGAAAGAAAUCCGCGCUGCUGCUGGCGCUGCUCCCGGUUGCCUUGCUGGGGGCGCUCCUAGUGCUGGCGAUCCUCUACGGGCGUUGCGCGCUGGGACCGAAAGAACCCGAGCAGCUGAGGCCAGGCGUUCCGACGACGCCCUGGGCCAACGCUAGCGCGGAGCCCACGGCGCGGCCCCCGGGACCCUGGGACCAGCAGCGCUUGCCCCGGCACGUCACGCCGAUCCACUACUCGCUCCUGCUCUGGCCUCACCUGGCGCCCGGCCUCCCCAAACCCCGCACGCACUCGGGGCAGGUGAACAUCACGGUGCGGUGCCGCCAAGCCACCUCCGCGGUUCUCCUGCACAGCGCCGAGCUGACUUACCAGGGCGCUUCGGUGUGGGGUCCGCUGGAAGAGGGGCCCGCCAACUCCACCCGCAGCAUCCCGUUGGGGGAGGUGUGGACGGCCCCUGGGAACCAGUACCUGGUGCUCGAACUGCUGGAGAGCCUGAGAGCGGGCAGCCUCUACGAGCUGCGGUUCGCCUUUCAGGGGAAGAUUCAGCCGGGGCCGGACUACUUCGGGCUCUUCCUGAACACCUACAAGGACGAAGGCGAGAGGAGGUGGAUGAUUGUUUCACAGCUACAACCCACAGCUGCAAGACAUGUUUACCCAUGUUUUGAUGAACCUGCAAUGAAAGCUACUUUUAAUAUCAGCAUUGUUCACCAUCCCAGCUAUGUUGCACUUUCCAAUAUGCUAGCUUUAGAUGUAUCUGAGUAUAAAGAUGUGAACGACAGUGCACUGACUGCUUUGAUGAAUGAAACUACACCAAUUAACUGGACUAUCACAACAUUUGAAAGAACCCUGAAAAUGUCUACGUAUAUCACUGCUUUUGUGGUCUGUAAUUUUGAUUAUGUCACCACAACUGAAAGAGGCAAUCAGAUACGUAUUUGGGCUCGGAAGGGUGCAGUUAAAAAAGGAUUUGCUAAUUAUGCUCUAAAUAUCAUAGGGCCAGUGUUUUCAUAUCUGGAAGACUUACUAAACAUCAGUUAUCCUCUUUCAAAAACAGAUUUUGUUGCAGUACCUCUUAUGAAUCACGGUGCAAUGGAAAACUGGGGACUAAUGAUUUUCCAUGAAACGUCCUUAUUGAAUGAUCCAGAGGAUAAAUACGUAGUAAAUAAAAUGCAGAUUUGCCGAAUUGUUGCUCAUGAGGUAGCACACCAGUGGUUUGGAAACCUAGUUACCAUGGAUUGGUGGAACGACAUAUGGCUUAAUGAGGGAUUUGCAACUUACUUUGAACAUCUAGGUCUAGACUACAUUGAAAAUAUCAUGCCACUGGAUAAACUUUUUAGCAAGCAGCUUACACUACCUAUGUUGGAUAAAGAUAAUUGGGAAUUAAAUCAGUCUAUAUCAGAUUCAGACACCCAUCAAACAGAUUCAUUAUUUGAAGUGUUCAAUGCAGUCACUUACCAUAAGGGGGCUGUUAUCAUCCGGAUGCUUUCCAACUUUAUGACUGAAGGAUUAUUUAUCAAAGCAGUGAAUUCAUAUCUGAGUGCAUUUUCCUUUUCCAAUGCUGUCCAAGAUGAUCUGUGGACUCACAUUCAAAAGGUAAUAGAUGAGCAAAAUGACUUCCAGUUGCCAACUUCAGUAAAAAUAAUAAUGGAUUCUUGGACCUGCCAGAAAGGCUAUCCACUCCUGACAGUAGAUUUCUCAACUGGCAAUAUUAGCCAGGAACCAUUUUUUGCUGAAAAAGGAGAACACAACUCAGAUAGCACGUGGAUUAUUCCUAUUUCUUGGAUAAGAAAUGGAACAUUACAACCUUUAGUAUGGCUUGAUAAACGUAGUAAAAUAUUUCCUGAAAUGAAAAUAUCAGAUUCAGCACAAGAUUGGAUUGUUUUAAAUGUGAAUAUUAGUGGUUACUAUAGAAUCAACUAUGAUCAAAACUAUUGGAGAAGAUUAGCCAAAGUGCUUGAAGAUGAUCCAAAGGCUAUUCCUUCUGUCAGCAGAUUACAGUUAAUGGCAGAUGCCUCUCAUUUGGUUUGGUCCAAUCACACUGGAUAUGAAACUCCACUGUAUUUAACUAAAUACCUUAAAAAAGAAGAUGAUUCAGCAGUCUGGACAAGAGCAUUGCAUGCACUGGGCAUUUUCAAGAGCGAUUUUCUUCUGCGAGAUCCUGAAUUAUUUCCAAUUUUAAAGCAAUAUUUAUUACCACGAAUAACACCAAUAUAUCAUCACUAUGCAAAUCUUCUUCGUGAGAACUCUGAAGCAUUGGAUAGGAACCCAUUCACCAAACAUGAUGUAGACGAAAUUCUUAGAACAGCAUGCUGGUUUGGGCUUCGCGACUGUUUAGACCUAGCUUCUGAAUUCUUCAACAAGUGGAUGAACAAUUCCAAACAUGAGGUUCCUGUUUGUUUUAGCUCAGCUAUUUGUUGCUAUGGUGUUUGGUUGGGGAAUGAAGAAGAAUGGGAAUUUAUAUGGAAAAUUUUUAAAAAGAAUGAGACCGAAAAUGCAUACAAAGCCAAUAUAUUCUUUGCCUUGAGUUGCACUCGCAAUCCAUGGUUACUUCAAAGAUACUUGAAUUAUAUCCACAAUGAUGAGACAAAUCCACCAGUUAUUACAAUCGAAGCAGUUCAGAAUGUGGUCAAGAAUGAGAUUGGAUAUUGGACAGCAUGGACAUUUGUAUCAGAAAAUUGGUCAUAUCUGCCCAUUAGGUUUACACUGAAUGCUCUCAUGACCACUGUCACUACUGACAUUCAAAUGCAAAUGAUACAAGUUUUUGUUAAUAAUACCCUUGAACCUGAAGAAAAGAUAAUGGCUACAGACAUAAUGCUGACAGAAAAAUCUGUAAAUGAAAAAAGAAAAAAAUCAAUUACUAAAAUGAUCAUGUGGUUAAAGGAAAAUAUGGACAAUUGACAGCUGAGACAUUUCUUUUUUAAAAAGAUAUCUUCAUAGCAAUUAAAAUUUCCCGAAAAUUUGAAAGAUGUUAUUUUGGGUAUACACACAAUUGUUUUACUGUGCAAGCAAUAAAAUACCAUUCAGUGCAAAGCAAA